AUGGGAUUAGGAUAAGUACGUAUCUUUCGCUCCACCUAUCUGUUGUAUAUCUCGUAGACUACCUUUGUACAAAUGUUAAUCUGGAACAGGAAUAAAUACAUUCCCUAAAAAUCUAACAGUUCUUCUACAUUAUUUUUGUUAAACCCUAACUUAAGCUCGAAGCCACCACUAGUGUUCUGUUUUUUUUCCUAGUAAGAUGUUUACCAAUUGCUCUUCCUCCACGACCUCGCUCCAACUUAGAGUGGGCCCAACGCUCCUCAACCAUAGGAGCGGUAUCAUCAAUUUGAACCGCCACAACAGUGUUUUCUUCCCCGGCCGGUCCGUCCGUCAACUCAGCUUACGGACCACUGCAUCCCGCAGUGGCCACAUUCUCUCCAUUCGCUCCUCUGCUGAUCACGCCGCGAUGGUAUUUGAUGAAAUGGCUGUGGCAUUAAAUAUUAUGGAUGAGAUCAGAGUCGAAACUUCAAGAAUGGAGAAAUCAAUCAGUGCGGUUCCUGGUUUAGCAGUAAUCCUUUUUGGGGACAGUAAGAGUUCCAAAGCCUAUGAGGUACCUGGUUUAAUGGUUGGAAUCAAGACAUUAGUUGUUCGUCUAGCUGAAGAUUCAUCAGAAGAGGAGGUGUUGAAAUAUGUCUCAAACUUCAACGAUGAUCCUUGUGUCCAUGGAAUCCUUGUUCAGUCGCCUCUACCAUCACAUAUGGAUGAUAAGAACAUAUUGAAUGCGCUAGUUCUCAAGUACUUAAUAGCUCUUGCACUUUCAGAGAACCGUUUUGCGUUCCGCGUAUUCCAAAAGGAUGCAUCGAGCUGUUACGCUGGUACAACUUUGAGAUCAAAGGAAAGAGAGCAGUUGUUCUCGGAAGGAGUAACACUUUUGAGAGAAGAUGCAACUGUUACCAUUAUCCAUUCAAAAACCAAGAACCCUGAGGAAAUUACAAGACAAGCUGAUAUCAUAAUCUCGGCUGUUGGGCAACCAAACAUGGUUAGAGGAAGCUGGAUAAAACCGGGUGCAGUCGUCAUCAAUGUUGGGACUAGUGUUGUUAAGGAUCCAAGCGCUCCGUAUGGCUUUAGAAUGGUCGGAGACAUUUGCUAUGAGGAGGUUUGCAAAGUUGCAUCAGCCAUCACACCUGAUGCGUGUGGCCCUUCGUUAUUAAUGGCCAAAGCCAUGCUUCUAUCCAACACUUUAACAUCAGCCAAGAGAAUUCACAACUUCAUUAAAACAAUGGCGUCGAUGAUUUUUACCGAUUGCUCCUCCUCCACAACGUCGCGUCUCAUCCAUUUGAAUCGCCGCAAUGGUGCUUUCCUCCCCCACCCGUGCGUCGGCCAACUAAGCUUACGGAACACUACGUCUGGCCGUGGCUGCACUCUCUCCAUUCGCUCCUCUUCUUCUCCAUCCGCGAUUGUAAUUAAUGGAAAGGCUGAGGCCAAAAAGAUUAGAGAUGAUAUCAAAAUCGAAGUUUCAAGCAUGAAGGAAUCAAUCGGUGUGGUUCCUGGUUUGGCAGUAAUCCUUGUUGGAAAGAACGAGGAAUCCGCAACUUACGUGAGGAACAAGAAGAAAGCUUGUGAAUCAGUCGGAAUUAAAUCAUUCGAAGUUGGUCUAGCUGAAGAUUCAUCAGAAGAAGAGGUGUUGAAAUAUGUCUCAGGAUUCAACGAUGAUCCUUCUGUCCAUGGAAUUCUUGUUCAGUUGCCUCUGCCAUCGCAUAUGGAUGAACAGAAAAUAUUGAGUGCGGUUAGUAUAGAGAAAGACGUUGAUGGAUUUCACCCGCUAAAUAUUGGACGGCUUGCCAUGCGUGGAAGAGAACCCUUAUUCGUUCCGUGUACUCCAAAAGGAUGCAUCGAGCUAUUGCACAGAUACAACAUUGAAAUCAAAGGAAAAAAAGCGGUAGUUAUUGGAAGGAGUAACAUUGUUGGUAUGCCAGCUGCUCUGUUACUGCAGAGGGAGGAUGCAACAGUUAGCAUUAUCCAUUCAAGAACAAAGAAUCCUGAAGAAAUCACAAGACAAGCUGAUAUCCUAAUCUCAGCUGUUGGGAAACCAAACAUGGUUAGAGGAAGCUGGAUAAAACCGGGAGCAGUAAUCAUUGAUGUUGGGAUUAAACAAGUUGAGGAUCGAUUGGUUGGAGACAUUUGCUAUGCGGAGGCUUGCAAAGUUGCAUCAGCCAUCACACCUGUUCCUGGUGGUGUAGGACCAAUGACCAUAGCCAUGCUUCUGUUCAAUACUUUAACAUCAGCUAAGAGAAUUCACUAUUUCCAGAGUUCUAGUGACUUAAAAGAUGAUUGCUAGCCUUUUUGAAAUAAACAAAUCUUACUUUG